UGGAAACGCGGAAACGAGCGGAGUCAGUCGUCUGGCCCAGCAAUAAGCUCAGACCUCGGCGUUCCAGUAGCAGCGCUGCGCUAAUUCUUCGGAUCCCUCCCCCUCGCCACCGUCCAUGGCGGCGAGAGACCCCGCACGAAGGCACCUCUCCACCACCACCCUCUCGUGCCUCGCCGCCCUCGUCUGCCUAGCUUCCCUCCUCUUCCUUUUCUCCUUCAGGUCCUCCCUCGACCGCCAGCCCUCCCGCUCCUCUCCCCGCUUCCUCGACCGCCUCCACGACCCCUCCGAGCGGUGGUGGCGCGCGCCCUGCAACUACUACGACGGCGCCUGGGUCUGGGACCCGGACUCCGUCGCCCCCCGCUACGACAUGACCUGCAAGGAGAUCUUCAAGGGCUGGAAUUGCAUCGCCAACCACAAAUCCAACGGCCCCGAUCUGCUCCGCUGGCGAUGGAAGCCCUCCAGCUGCGAUCUCCCUCGCAUCGAUCCCCUUCGCUUCCUCGAACGCUACAGGAACAUCAGCAUAGGAUUUGUGGGGGAUUCUUUGAAUAGGAAUAUGUUUGUGUCGCUGGUUUGCAUGCUGAGAGGAGCGAGCAAUCAAGUGAAGAAGUGGCGGCCGGCAGGGGCUGACCGUGGUUUCACUUUUCUUUCCUACAACGUUACGGUGGCUUACCAUCGGACCAAUCUCUUGGUACGCUAUGGUAGGUGGUCAGCCAGCUCCAAUGCAAGUGCAUUAGAAUCUCUUGGAUACAAGCAAGGUUAUAGAGUGGAUGUUGAUGUUCCAGAUCAGACAUGGGCAGAGGCACCUCGCUUCCAUGACAUUCUCAUCUUUAACACGGGACACUGGUGGUUGGCUCCUUCAAAAUUUGAUCCUGUUCAGUCACCGAUGCUUUUUUUUGAGAAGGGCUUGCCAGUAUUGCCUCAUGUAUCUCCAGAGGUUGGCUUGGAUAUGGCUUUGAAACAUAUGGUGUUAUACGUGGAAAGAAUUGGUAUUGAUGCAGUAAAAUUCUUUCGUACUCAAUCUCCAAGGCAUUUUGAGGGUGGUGACUGGAAUAAAGGUGGUUCAUGUCGACGUAUACAACCGCUGCUGCCUGGACAGGUUGAAAAUCUUUUCUCUAUAGAGAACAAUGGGACUAAUGUGGAGGCACGCCUGAUAAAUCAGCACCUGCACAAGGCCCUAAAUGGGUCAAGGUUUCACAUACUGGACGUUACACACAUGAGUGAAUUCAGAGCAGAUGCUCAUCCUUCAACCACAGGUGGAAAAAAACAUGAGGAUUGCAUGCACUGGUGUUUGCCUGGAUUGACAGAUACGUGGAACGAUCUACUUGUAGCACAUAUAGAGGACCUGCGACGUGACUUGUAGUCAUUCUUUUGGUUUCAUCAUGGCUCAUAGAUGCUUUAAAUGUCUUCUCACGAAUUGCAGCUGUUGUCUCAUCAGGAAGCUGAAGCAGCUAAUUCAAGCCUACUUCCAGAAUUUCUUUUGAGGACCAUUUCAUGCAGAAAUCCUGGAAGACAACCACGCUUUCUAUCUUAUUGCUCAAAUUGCAUUCUGGUUCCAUGUCAUGAUAACUUCCUUGCAGAACUAUCGUCCAUGAUUUGAUUAACUUUAUUAGUGAAUGUACUGCACUGUAUGCUUAGGUCAAGGCACGGGACGUUUUGAGAAAGGAGUUCUUCUCAACAGUGUAAUUAUUUCUUGAGGCAACUAAUCCUAGCCAUCUGAUCUUCUCAA